AUGGAACAUCCGUUUUUCCCGACCACCACCACCCGCGCAGAGGCCCUCCGGUGGCUGACGAUCGCCGAGAAGCUGCUCUCGACGCGCGACCUUGUGGGGAGCAAAUCCUUCGCCAGCCGCGCGCGGGACUCGGACCCCUCGCUCACCCCGGCCGACCAAAUCCUAGCCGUCGCCGAAACUCUCCUCGCCGGUGACCGCCGGAUCGGCAACAACCAGCAUGAUUGGUACGCUAUCCUCCGUAUCCCGCCGCAGCAGGGGCGGGACACCGAUCUUAUUGCUAAUCAGUACCGUAGACUCGCCCUCCUCCUGAACCCUCAGAAAAACAGGUUCGCCCAUGCCGAAGAUGCUUUCCGGCUCGUCCAGGACGCAUGGUCCGUGCUAUCGAACCCUACACAGAAAUCCGUGUACGAUAAACAACUCGCUUUCUACUUGCAGCCUCAGCCUAUGCUGCAGCAGCAGCAGCAGCUGCAGCCCGACCCGUUUAGCAACCCUAUGCCGUCAAUGCACCAGAACUUCAUGUUUUUCGGAGGUAGCAGCUCUACUGGACUCGCUUCUGCUCCUGCUCCUCAGACGCAGGGGGCUACUGUCCAUUUCUCUCAGGCACAGGUAUAUUCAAACCCUCAACCUGAGGUUGACCCUGUGGGCGUCAGGUCAACCCGGGAACCCCAGAAUUUCAUGAGUUUCAAUUCGAAUACUAAUCUUGAUUUCGGGUCCGGAUCUGCAUCCGGUUCUACACCGGUCCCUCAACCUGCUAAGAAGCAAAAUCCGGAAAAUUAUUCGACCUUUUCUGGUAAUGCUGCUGCAGCUCCUGGGGCGACACAAGGGCAAGUAAAUAGCAAUAAUCAUAAUAGCCAACAGCAGCCAAAUUACUCUGAAAGAGGUGAUAAAACCAGUAAUAAUGCAAACUUGAGUGAGAAUGUAGGGUUAGACAGGGCAGAAAGUCAGGAAGAUGGUGAAAGAGUAGAUUUAGAGGAGGAGAGAGUUGAUUCGCCUGAAAUAGGUGAUGGCACCACAAUGUGGACCGCCUGCCCUUAUUGUUUCUACAUGUAUGAGUACCCUAUGCUUUACGCUGAUUGUACCUUGCGGUGCCAAAACUGUAAGAAUGCCUUCCAGGCAGUAGUCAUUCCAUCCCCACCGCCAAUUGUGGACGGGCGUGAGGAGUACUUCUGCUGCUGGGGUUUUCUGCCCAUGGGCUUUUCCAUGGAGAAUUGGGAGAAAAACAGGAGUUCCGCAACAACUUGGACCCCAUUUUCCCCAAUGUUCACUUGCCCGCAGCCAUUUAAUGGCGGUAAUGCUGCAGCGAAGAAUACUGCAAGAAAAAACUCUGCUCCUAGGGUAUAUAUUGAUGAUGAUGAGGUUUUUGUGGAGGUAUCAGACUCGAGCGAGUCGGACGAUGCUGACUGGCAUAAAGGUACAGAGAAAAGGAAGAAGAAAGCCAAGAACGGGAAAGUGGUUAGUGGGGGUACUCCUAGUAAGAGUUCAAAGAAAGCACAAGCUGAUAAGGGCAAGACCGUGGAUGUUCAAGAUGGAUUGGCAUCUGAAAAUGUGGAUGAGACAGUUAAUAAAGUUGCGACCGAGUCUAGUAAAAAGGGGGCAACCAUUAAUGCCAGAAAGCAACCAGGAAGAAUUGCAAAGAAUUUCGGGAAGUUGGAUCUGAAUGUGGAGUUUAGCAAUGAGCCGGAGGAGUCUGUUCCUAAGGUGAACCAAGAAAACAGGCCAGGGCAUGGGGAGGAGGAAAACAUUGAGGGGAUCGGUUUUUUCGAGGGUCUUGACGAGUUUUUAAGCAGCCUUCCGAUUCUUAAUGUUGUGGGAGAUGAGAAGGUUGUCAAGGCAGCCUAA